AUGUCCCGUGCGUUGACUGGCCACGAAUUGGGGGUUUGGGCAGUCCACCUAGUUAGUCGCGGAGGACUUUGGGAAGAAAUACCAGACGACGUGGGUGUUGUAAAGAGCCGAGACGGCGAAUCUCAGGGGCAAGAGGCCUUUCUGCCCCCUGACUUGCGCAAGGCCCUCGGCCUAGACGGGCCAAAGCGAAUACUACGCACUCCUUCACAUACUCCUUCAGGAAAGCCAAGCGAUAUAUGUUGCGCUUCAGAGGGCUGGGGACAGCCUAACCCAAUUGUCGUUAGUGGUGGAUGCGACAAGCGGCUGAGGGUCUGGGACGUGGUAUCUGGGCGCUGUAUCUAUGUAUUGGAAGGCCAUACGUCCACUAUAAGGUGUAUUAGGGUCCUGCAUAAUCGCCCCGUGGCCGUCACCGGUUCUCGCGAUGCAACCGUACGAGUAUGGAAUAUCCAAGAAGGAAGGCUACUCCGCGUGCUCCAGGGCCAUCACCAAAGCGUGCGGUGCCUGGACGUAUGUGGGAACAGGGUUGUCAGUGGCAGCUACGAUACCACUUGCAGGGUUUGGAAUGUAGACACAGGCGAAUGUUUACACGUGCUUCGUGGGCACGGGCUUCAGAUCUAUUCAGUAGCAUUCGACGGCAUCCGCAUCGCGUCUGGUGGCACAGACACUACCGUUCGUGUAUGGGACGCGAAGUCGGGGUCAGCCAUGUCAGCUUUUCUUAAUCCCCGAAAUUGCAUAGCACUUCUCCCAGGACACACGGCAUUGGUGUGUCAACUUCAGUUAUCAUCUUCUGCAGGGCUCCUUGCAACCGGUGGUUCGGAUGGUCGCGUCAUCACGUUUUCGCUUCGCGACUACAGCCCACUACAGCGGAUCGCUGCCCACGACUCCUCCGUUACCUCCCUUCAGUUUGACUCCAACUUUCUCAUCACAGCCGGUAACGACGGACGUGUCAGUGUGUACGAAACACAAAGUGGUGCGCACGUGAUUGACCUCAGUGAGCGGUCUGAGAGCGUCUGGAAGGUAGCCUGCAAGUACGGAACAUGCGCAAUCAUGUGCCGCAGAGCUGGAAAGACAGUUAUGGAGAUUUGGAGUUUCAGGCCGAGAGUGAAUAGUCCAGAGCCUCAGGGAUUCCUGCCUCGGACUAACUCCUAUCUGCGGAGUGGAGUAUCUUAUUACUCAAGGCUAAGCUGA